AUGGCUCCGCUGGGCGACUCACUGCGCCGCCUCCGCGACCGGGUCUUCCCACGGGACGACACGCAGCAACAGCAAGCCGACCACGCCCUUCCUCCCCUCCCACCCUGUCCAGUAUCCGCCGUCACAUCAUCUCCGGCCCCUGGCGCAACAGCCCACAGCCCGCUCUUCCAGCGCCUGCCCGCCGAGAUCCGGGAGCGCAUCCUCGUCGCCGCCUUUGGGGACCAGCUGGUGCACAUGCACCUGUCGCUCGAGCGGCCACUCCGGCACCGUCGUGCUCGUCGCGGCGGUGAGAGCAGCAGCACUUGGGCCGGACACGCCGGCCAUCUGGGCCAGGCGGCGUUCGACCCGGCGGCGCCUCCGUUUUGGCGCUGGCGCAGCACGCGCUGCCACUCGUCGUGCUUCGACCACGGCAGCUGGCGGCGCCGCGCGCCCCGGCGGAGCGAUGCGUUUCGCGACAGGGACCCGUGCGUGAGCGGCGAGAGCUGCGGACAUCCCGGUGCGCCCGGGACGUGCGUCCUUGGCGCGACGGGCUGGCUGGGCACCUGUCGGCGCGCGUAUCAGGAGGGCUAUCCUGUGCUGUACGGGACCAACACGGUGCGCCUGCACGGGACCUUUAUGUUUGCGUAUCUGCCAGAGCUGCUGCCCGUACUCAGCCUCGAGAGCCUCACGCGUGUCUCGAUGUGCUGGGACUUGGGGUGGCUGCGAGGCUACCCGCGGCGGCUCCGGCCCGGCGACCAUCCAGAAGAGUAUAGCUUCGUGGAGGGCCUGGACAGGUUACUCGCGCGACUGCCUUUUACGCUACCGCAUGUCAAGUGUCUGCAUAUAUCGCUGCAGGGUGUUUUCGGGGAUGGCGAGCAGUGGGCGGUGUAUGGCGCGCGGUCCCCCGUCGUCUACGAGCAAACCGAGGCGCUCCUGCGCAGAGUGCUGGUGCAUAUCCUGCCGCUACGGACCCUGACCGAGUUUCGGCUGGCGCUCCCAAGGAGCAUGUUUAUGCCGUGGGUACAAGAGGUCUUGGAUAUCACGCUCGAGUUUGACGAGGCCAUCUGGGCCGAGCUACCAGCCGAGUGGCUCAAGAGAGAUGUUCCCACAGACUUGCUACACAGCGACGAGAACAUGGUAGUGAUGGAUAGUUUCUGGGUAUUGCUGGGAGUAUCGGAUCUACCUCCUCUGACGAUUAGGUGCUUCUAUUAG